AUGUUGAAUGAAACACCCAUGUUCCGAAGAGCAAAAAUACAUGUUGAAAUCAUGGAAAAGAGAGAAACCCGACCACGAUACUUUCUUGGUUUACUACAGAAAUUAUCCUCCAUGACAUCCAGAGAAUAUUAUGGCAUAGAAAUAAACCUAAUGAUUGAUUCAAUUUCUAAUGUAUCUGUUGAUGUCAUCGUUAACAGCACCAACGAACAUCUCCAGCUUGACAGUGGUGCUAUUUCCAAAUUAAUUCUCAAUGCUGCUGGUCCACAGAUACAAAGGGAAUGUAACAGGAAAUAUCCUCAAGAACAACAAAUUCUGUGUGAAUCUAUUCUGGUAAACUUGACUCAAAUAAUAACCAUUUGUCUGGAAGAAGCUGAGGAAUUGGGAGCAAAAAGCCUUGCAUUUCCUAUAUUAGGAGCUGGAAAAUUGAAGUACCCCAUUGAAAACCUACCCAGAACUAUGUAUGAAGCAGUGAAAAACUACUCAAUUCAAAAUUCAAGCCAGAUCAAAGAUGUUUACUUUGUGGUUUAUCCUCAAGACACAGAAAUAGUAACGAAAUUUAAAGAAUAUUUCCAAGAAAUUUUAACAGAUGGUUCAACUGCAUCAUCAGGUGUGCACAGGCUUUGGAGAAAAUUCUGGCCUUUUGAAAAGAACAAAGAAUUGGUCCCUGUUACAUGGUCACUAAUGGGAGACAAAGAAUUAUUUAAAACUGUUAAAGUCACAAAAGGACCAGAAUAUGAUGACAUCCGGGCCACUUUCCGUCGGAAUUUGCCUUCCUAUCGUAUAAUCAAAAUUGAGAGAAUUCAAAAUAAAACAUUGUACCAGGGAUACCAAGCAUUGAAAAAAAAGUUUGAGGCAGAAAAUCCAAAGAUUACAAAUGAAGUUGAUGGCCUUUGGCAUGGUACUGCUGAAGGAGCUGUUGAGGGAAUAAAUAAAUCAGGAUUCAACCGUAGCUAUUGUGGUAGAAAUGCCACAGUAUUUGGUGAAGGUGUUUAUUUUGCCAAAGACAUCCAAUAUUCUGCAAAUGAUACCUAUUCUACUCCUGACCAUCACGGAACAAAGAGAAUAUACCAAUGCAGUGUUCUUGUGGGAAAAGUGAUGCGAGGACAACACGGAUUAAAAGUCUUACCGGAUUCAUACAAUUCUGCUGUUGAUAAUAUUCAAAGACCCAGUAUUUAUGUUAUUUUCCAUGACUCUCAAGCAUAUCCUAAAUAUUUGAUUACAUUCUCUAAUUAGUGAAUAUAAUUGGAAUUCAUAAAACACAUAUAAUGUGAACAGGAAUAUAUUUAACAGAAGAAAGACUAAGAAAAUACA